ACGACUUGUCAGUUUGUUUUCACAAUUCAUAGACAAAUCACAAAACCAUUUGCAAAAAAAAAAAAAGUAAAACAUUAAACACAAAAACGAAAAAGACUAUAGUGGGGUAUCCUUUUUUUGCAAUUAAACCAGAAAAAAUAUCUAAAAUUCCCGAGGACGAACAAAAAAAAAAAACUCCAGAAAUCAAACACAAAAACCAUCGACUCUCUGACGAAUGCAUCGUAUGAUUUGGUCAGGAUAACAAAAUAUCUGGAAAAAAAUUAAAAGAAAAAAACCAACGAACAACAUGAAAAAAGGACAAAAUCUACAAAAGAAGAAAUCAAUUUCGCAUCCCCGAAGGCAUAUCGAGGACCUGCCCUUCUAUCGAUUUGAAUACCAACCGGAUGAUUUGCCAAUGGAUCCGGCCAAAGGAUUCCUUAUUGAAAAAAUUUCAAGGAUGCAAGAGGACACAAUUGUUGGGAAGUGCAAUGUUGAAAUGAAUUUUCAUUCAUAUAAAAGAAUUUUCAAUGACCCAUCAUCGAAUGGGAAGAAUGAAAAUGAUGAUGGAGGUGGGAAGACUCACGAUGGCAGUGGCAAUAGCGGCGGCGGUAACAGUGGAACGUUGUGGCAAGUAGUUGAUGGCAGACAGAGUGUCGAUGGCGAUGACAGCAAAGGAAGUGCAACUGGAAGUGGAAGUGGUGUUGAUGAUGUUGCUGGUGGUUCUGGUGAAGGACGACGAAGUUCUUCAAUUAUGAAACACAAUUAUGAGAACAGCAUCAGCAAUGAGAGCGAAAUGGAAAUUGACGUCGAAGAUAUUGUUUUGCCGAGAAAAUUCGAUUUAAUUAAGAAUCAAACAAAACUAACGUAUUCAUUUGGACCGUCAGCAGAUAAUGAUCGUUACCCGUGGCUAGGUGACCAAUAUACUGGUGAACCUAGUGAAGAGAGGGUGCAAAGGGUUACCAAUGAAAUAUUAAGAUUAUAUCGAAAGCGGAGAGUAAGAAUUUUUCACGAAAAUGUACGGACAGAAUUUCCGCUUUUUUCCAAUGAACUUCAGCAAUUACAUGGAGGAGCAAGUGAUACUAUUGGUUCUUUUUAUAGUCCAUGGGCAAGAAAUUUGAGACUGCCAGCUUUGGGAAAGCGAAGAAAGGUCGAAAAGUUUAAAGCCGGAGACCACUAUGCAUUGAGAACACCUAAAGAACUCAAGGCAGAACUUGAACGAAUGGGAAAUGUUAUUGACAAACUAAUUGAACCUGUCGUAAAAAAAGCAAAACACAUUGAAGCCGAAAAGGGAAUUAUAAAGAAUUCUGGUAUUACGCAAUUAAAAUGUCUCCCAAAGGGAACAAGUUCUAAAAAUAACACAAAGGUGCAACCAAAACGGAGGAUUCCACUUUCCACGGAAGAGUUUAUGAAAAGCUUGAAGCAAAAAGACCGAGAGAGCUUCAAGUACAAGGAAGGAUUCCUGCCAGUUGAUCCUGAGGAACAAAAAAAUGCAAUUUCUAAAAGCUAUCAAGAUGAAAUGAACAAAACGAUGCCAAAGUUCACUAUCAGAGUUCAAAGGCGGACUAUGAGUUUAAUGGAUAACCUGUCCGUAACUCAACUUGAGAUUUACCCGUCAAAAUUGAUCAAGAAACUUUUACCGAAAAUCAGUGCCAAAAUAUCGUAUCUCCGGGAAGCCUAUAAAUUCAUACUCCAGGAAGAGAAACUUUGGCCACAUGUGUAUCCUGAAGUUAUCCUAAUGGAUUACCUGUUCAAUUCCGAUCAUCGUGUUCAACAAGAUGCUGCAAUUUUAAUUAUAUCUUGUCUAAUAGAUCUCCAAGAGGAUUUCCGGUAUCAUGUGAAACGUGCUUUCUUGCGCUACAUCCUGAAAUCAGAAUUUGAAAGGAAGAAACUUCAACUAGAAAUCGAACCUCCUGAGUUUCCCAUAAUGACGAUAAGAGCUCCGGUACCAUGGAAGGCACUGGUACAAAUAGCCCGUAAUCGCCUGGAUCAAGUUCUGAUGAUCAAUCAUCCUGUGUUGGAGGGCUUAAAUGUCUUAUGGUAUCAACUUUACAAUGACAUUUUAAUAUUGGACAUGUCAAAGCUUUACUCCCCCAAAAUUCCACUAAAUGCUGAUGAAAUAUUGGAGUUUGUCCGAAACAGUUGUUUAGCUGCUCGUGAUAUUCUUCUAAAUGACUGGCUCCCUCGAGCUGCUGAUAUGGUUGAUGCAAUGAAAAAAACCUGGAAACAUUUCAUCCCCAUGCAUAGUCCUUGCAAAGGACGAGCUGGAAUUUUCUUCAAAUGUAUACAUUCAUUGAUGUCCUUACAAUUGAGAGGGCUGCUUCAGCGAAGUAUUGACCAUCUGUUUAAAGCUUUAAAGAGCUACAUGGAUGGUAAUCACAUCGAUGAGUACGAUCUAUUCCACCCCAAGUUAAAACGUCGUCCAUUUAUGACAAUUAUCGUAUCAGUGGUUGGCAAGCAUUUUGAGCCAAUGCUCGAUGCAGAAACACAAAGUACUUCGACCAUUUACAAGAUUGACCCAUCAGAUCCACGAUUAUUUCAGCAAGAUUUCAAGGAGGCUACCAUGUGUUUCGAUACAUAUUUCCCGGCAGAUUUUAUUCUCAAAUACGAGGGGAGAAUGUUCGUUUAUCCUUACAUGAGGGAGCUGCCGGACUUGUUUAUUGGUUUCAUCAGGAGUAUCCUUCGAGUGGGCUAUGAAAUUCCAUGUCUCGAGUAUCUGAUGUCACAAGGUAAAUGGAGGAAUGAGGAUGAAUUUGGCUACCUUCAUUGCAUCCAUGAAACCCACAUCGAUAUGCUGCGGCUUUAUGAAGAUGUCCGUAAAAUUGUCGAGGCCAAUUGGACAGGGCCCACCGUCUACCUUUACCCAAUAUACGAUUACUAUUUCCCACUGUUGACAGGCAAAAUGUUGACUAUUGCUGAGAAGGUUUUUGCACAGAAUAAAAUCCCUGAUUUACCGGCAAUUGAAGAUUUAAUGGGCAAAUUAAAAGAGCUCGUCGAGGGUACUUAUUUUCUUAAGGACUUUGUAUCGUUGAAUAUGUUUAUGUUGGAUAAUAGACAUGUUAAUCAGGCCCUGGGGAUGCUCGUGCAGGAUGUUAUUGAUUUUAUAACGAAUUACUUUAUGACGUUAAAUUUAAACGAAAACAGAAGAAUAUGCGACGAACUAGAAGAGAUGUCCAUGAAGGCUGGUGAACGUCCCGAGGAAACUGCCGAAGUGGUCGCAUUGCAAAACUACUUAGCCGAGUGCCGGGACGAGAGGAUAUUCAAAAUAAAGGAUGACAUUAAAGUUGUGUCCAAGCGAGUGCUCUUCCUUCUGCAAUAUACCAAUCUGAAUAGUGAUGAUAUCCGGUUGAACACUAGGACGUUCCUUUUGCCAUCUGAAUUGGAAUUAGUGUUGGAUUUAAGUGCGGCCCGACUAAAUGUCGUCCGGGAUAAUCUAGAGGUAGCAUUGCGUGAAAAACGAUCCUUAUUCGAGAAAUAUAUUGCUUCGCAAAAAACUCGAAUGGACGGCUUUCGAAUGAAGGAAACACACGAUAUUCUUUCGUUGGAAGAAUUGCAAGAGAAAGUAGACACCGUAAAUGAAUUGUAUGACACACUGGAAAAAUGCAGUAAGGAGGCCAAGGCAAUUAAUGUCGAGGAAGGCCUCCUUCAGAUAGAUGUUUCAGUGUUUCCAAAAUUGGCUGAUAUCAUUGAAAAAAUGGAACCCAUUGAGAAAUUGUGGAAAACUGCCUUUGAAUUUGAGAAGAGUCACGAAAUUUGGAUGUACGGUCCUUUUGAAAACCUUAAUGCAGAUGUCAUCCGUGAUGAAGUUGAAAAUAUGCACAAGAUAAUCCAUAAACUAACUCGACAACUAUCCAGCAAUGCGGUAGCUAAAAGAGCCGCCGAACAAAUUCGCGUCAAACUGGACAAAUUCAAAGUUUACAUACCCGCUCUAGAUGCAAUAUGUCGUCAAGGACUCGAGCAACGCCAUUGGGAUCUAAUUUCUGAAAAACUAGGCAAACCCUGCAAUCCAUCGUUGUAUCCAUCGCUGAAGGAUAUGAUAGAUGUCAACAUCAUGAGUAUCCUUCCUGCAUUGGAGGAAGUUGCAAAUUCAGCUGGCAAGGAAUUCGAGUUGAACAGCCAUUUGGUGGCCAUGCAACGCGAAUGGGAGGAUGUCAGAUUCGAAGUGAUACAGUACCGCGACUCUGACACUCAUAUCCUUGCAGCACUCGAUGACAUACAAACUAUCCUGGAUGAUCAAGUGAUGAAAUCGCAGGCGAUGCGACGUUCGCCAUUUAUUGUUGCACUUGGCACCAAAGCAGAUGAUUGGGAGGCAAAGCUUGUGGCAAUGUUGGAUAUAAUGGAUGCAUGGACUCAAGUUCAGGCCACUUGGAUGUACUUGGAGCCAAUUUUUAGUUCUGAAGAUAUAAUGCGACAAAUGCCAGUCGAGGGAAGGAACUUCAAAUCGGUUGAUAAAAUCUGGCGCAAGGUCAUGAAGCACACUUACCAACAUCCGGGAGUCAUUGAGGCAACUGAUUAUCCAAAUCUAUUGCAAGUUUUCAGAAAAGCACUCGAGGACCUUGAGUGUGUGCAAAAGGGAUUAAAUACAUACUUGGAGCAAAAACGUUUGUUCUUUGCAAGAUUCUUCUUCCUUUCGAACGAUGAACUGUUGGAAAUUUUAUCAGAGACCAAGGAUCCGUUGAGGGUGCAACCGCAUUUGAAAAAGUGUUUUGAAGGGAUUGACUGUCUUACUUUUGACGAUAAUUUAGAAAUCACUGCAAUGAUUUCAGCUGAAGGAGAAGUUGUAAAACUGAUUCGGAAAAUUAACCCACAAUUGGCCAAUGGUCUUGUUGAAAUAUGGCUUAAAGAAGUUGAAACGGUUAUGCUUGAUAGUGUACAUGAACAAAUGAAGUCAGCAUGGGAUGAUUAUUAUCAAGUUGAAAGAAAGUCUUGGGUCACUGCGUGGCCAGGUCAAGUUGUUCAGGGAAUUUCAUGUUUAGCAUGGACUUAUGAGGUGGAAGAAGCAAUCGAAGCAGCAGAUAUUCCUGGAUAUUUGACAAAGAGCAAUGUUCAAAUAGGAGAGCUGGUGCAAUUAGUACGAACAGAUUUAACAACGGGAGCUCGGAUAACCAUUGAAGCUUUAAUAGUGCUGGAUGUUCAUGCUCGCGAUGUCGUCAAGUAUAUGAUUGAUCAAAAAGUUACCACUGUCAAUGAGUUUGACUGGAUUUCACAAUUGCGAUACUACUGGAAAGUAGACAAUAAAAUUGAAUAUGUUGCUGUGAGUAUGGUUGUCACUGAAGUAAAAUAUGGAAUGGAAUAUCUUGGUAAUAUAUCGCGUUUGGUUGUAACACCACUUACCGACCGAUGUUACAGAACAUUAAUGGGAGCACUAAAAUUGUGCUUAGGUGGUGCACCUGAGGGACCAGCUGGUACUGGUAAAACAGAAACAUGCAAGGAUUUAGCUAAAUCAGUUGCAAAAAAAUGUGUUGUAUUCAAUUGUUCCGAUGGAUUGGACUAUAAAGCUCUGGGGAAGUUCUUCAAGGGUCUUGCCCAGUCUGGAGCUUGGGCAUGCUUCGACGAAUUCAAUAGAAUCGAACUGGAAGUGCUGUCUGUUGUUGCCCAACAAAUCCUUACGAUACAACGGGCUAUCGCCAGGAGAGUAGUAAAAUUCUUCUUCGAAGACACAAUGCUGAAAUUGGAUCCAACUUGCUCAAUAUUUAUUACAAUGAACCCAGGGUAUGCUGGACGCACGGAACUUCCGGACAAUUUGAAGGUCCUCUUCCGGACGGUGGCUAUGAUGGUACCUGACUAUGCAAUGAUUGGUGAAAUCACUUUAUAUUCGAACGGAUUCGAUGAUGCACGUCCGUUGGCCCAGAAAAUCGUGCACACGUACAAGCUGUGCUCCGAGCAGUUAUCCUCUCAAUCGCACUACGACUAUGGUAUGCGAGCCGUUAAAUCUGUCCUUCUGGCAUCUGCAUCGUUACGACGGAUGCAUCCCAAUUUGCCUGAAGCACAAAUUGUCCUGCGAGCCAUCGUCGAUGUUAACCUGCCAAAAUUUCUCGACCAAGAUGUCUCUCUGUUCGUUGGCAUUUACACGGAUCUAUUCCCAGGUGUGGAUUUGCCUGAGCCUUCACGAGAUGAUCUCCUCAAAUGGAUGAGGAAAAUUUUGGAGGAGCGUAAUCUCCAAGCGACACCAUGGUAUGUCGAGAAGAUUUUACAAAUUUACGAAAUGCUCCUGGUGCGACACGGUCUUAUGAUUGUGGGUGGACCGAUGGGUGGAAAAACAACAGCAUAUCAAGUCCUUGCACAAGCAAUGAAAUGCGUUAGCACCGACCAAGAAGCCACCCUCGCCGAAUAUCCGAUCAAUUAUCGUAUAAUAAACCCCAAAGCCAUAACAAUGGGUCAACUAUAUGGCUGUUUCGAUCCCAUUUCGCACGAAUGGACAGAUGGUGUGCUAGCGAAAACCUUCCGUGAAAUGGCCAAUGCAUCGUUGAGGGAACGUCAUUGGGUGCUCUUUGACGGUCCCGUCGAUGCGGUUUGGAUAGAAAAUCUUAACACCGUUCUUGAUGAUAAUAAAAAACUCUGCCUCAUGUCCGGCGAAAUUGUCCAAAUGACCAAAAUGAUGAACAUGAUAUUCGAGCCGGCUGACCUGGAACAAGCCUCACCCGCAACAGUAUCACGUUGCGGCAUGAUUUAUAUGGAACCAGCUCAAUUGGGCUGGCGCGUUUUUCAUCAGAGUUUCACGCAAGUCCUCGAAACUACACAAGGAUUGAAUGAUAUUUAUAUGGCAUUGUACGAGGACCUAGUUAAUUGGCUAGUGCCAGCUGCCCUGGAGGUGUUGCAAGAGUGCAAAUCAAUGUUGGAAACCUCACCGAUAUAUCAAUACACGAUGCUUUCAAAAUUCUUUUUGCAAUUCCUGGAGGAGAAGAACCAAACAUACAAUCAAAUAUGGUUCCAACAGACUUUUCUAUUUAGCUUUGCCUGGGCAUAUGGUUCCGCACUAACAGUUGAAGGACAAAAACAUUUCGACAGUUUAAUCAGAAAAGUUUUAUACGGCUCCAAUGAGAAUUACCCGAGGCCGAAGUACUUCUCUUUGAAUCGUGGUCAAAUGUUUCCCGAGAAACUUUCACUAAUGGAUUAUCGUUUCGAUGGAAUAGAGAAUUGGUGGCCAUGGCAACGACAAGAAGAUAUUACAUUUCCAGAAGGUGUUCAAAUCAGCGAUAUAAUUGUUCCGACUAAGGAAACGGGUUAUAUUAAUUUUUGGCUGGACUUUUGUACUGAACGGAAGUUAAUGCCGUUUAUGGUUAUUGGACCAACGGGUACGGGAAAAAGUGCCAUUAUAAGUCAUAACUUGUUGGCGUUGCCAAAGAAUACACACAUGCUGAAUAUUGUUAAUUUUUCGGCAAGGACAAGUGCACAAUUGGUUCAAGAAACAGUGAUGUCAAAAUUAGACAGAAGGCGAAAGGGUGUUUUCGGACCACCAGUUGGUAAAAAAUGCCUUGUAUUUUGUGAUGACGUUGGAAUGCCAUCGAAAGACACUUAUGGCUCCCAGCCUCCUUUAGAACUGGUGCGACAAUGGCUCGACCAUGGUUACUGGUCCGAUCUGGAUGACACAUCCAAACUGGAAUUGAUUGAUAUGGGCUUUGUUGGAGCAAUGGGGCCGGUCGGUGGGAGCAAUUUCAUUUUCCCACGCUUCUAUCGUCAUACAUUUGUGGUAGCAGUGGACGCUUUCGAAGAUGCCACAAUCACGAAAAUAUUCACAACAAUUGGCGACUGGCACUUCGCCAAGGACUAUGCAGAUAAAGUGGCACUCCUCUCCAAAGGUCUGGCAGAGGCAAUGGUCAACAUUUAUCGCCAAGCAAUUUCGGUAUUCCUGCCAACUCCGGCCAAAUCGCAUUACACCUUCUCGCUACGUGACAUAACUCGUGUAUUCACUGGCAUUGUACUGGUGCCGCCGAAAAGGCUUCCCGAUCCGGAGAAACUAGGCCGUCUGUGGGCGCACGAAACCUAUCGUGUUUUUUAUGACCGUUUAAUCGAACAACAGGACCGCGAACUGCUACUGGAAAUGGCACGUAACGCCUGUAAGUCCCAUCUGCGCUUUAGCCUUGAACAAGCGAUGGAAGAACGCAUCGGAAAAGGUGCCAAACUGACAGACGAUGAUUUACGAAAUUUAUUUUUCGGAAACUACAUGGAACCAGAUGCAGAACCGAAAAUCUACGACGAGGUCGAGAGCUAUGACAAAUUGGAAAAGGUCAUGCAAUACUAUCUGAAGGAAUACAAUGCGUUUUCGAAUACACCAAUGGAUUUGGUGCUGUUUCGAUUUGCUAUCGAACAUAUUUCCAGGGUUUCACGGAUUCUACAAAUGCCACGGGGUAAUAUUUUAAUGGUUGGCAUGGGCGGUUCUGGACGACGCAGUGCUGCUAAAUUGGCAGCGCAUAUUGCCGAUGCGAAACUGAUGACCAUUCAAGUGACAAAAACCUAUUCGAUGGCCGAUUGGAGAGAUGAUUUGAGGAAGAUCCUAAUGACUGCUGGGUUUAAUUUAAAUCACACGGUCUUUCUGUUCUCUGAUUCUCAGGCAGUGGAUGAGGGUUAUGUCGAGGACAUCAAUGGAAUACUAAACACUGGAGACCUUCCGAAUCUCUAUCAGUCCGAGGAUAAGGCGGCAAUUAUGGAAAAUAUGACAAACAUUGCCAAGCAAAUGGCUCGAGAGAUAGAUCCUUCACCAAUUGAAAUGUACGGAUAUUUUAUUGAGAGAGUACGUGAGCAGCUGCAUGUGGCAUUAGCCUUCUCACCGAUUGGGGAUUCCUUUAAGGAACGACUAAGAAUGUAUCCAUCUUUGAUCAACUGUUGCACUAUUGACUGGUACAUGCCAUGGCCAGUAGAUGCUUUGGUACGUGUUGCUGAACAUUUCAUCAGUUCGAUGAAUCUCAAUAAAGCCGAAGAAGAGGAUGCAUCUGUGGAUGAAUUACAUCAUUCGCCACGAGGCAGUCAGGCUAGUAUUGGUCCGGAAAAGGAGCUAGUUUUGUCCGUUCAGGAACAGAACCUAGUUCAGAUGGUGAUGUAUUUUAAUGUAUCUGUUGUGGAUGCAAGUGAAAAAUGUUUCAGAGAACUCGGAAGAAGAAAUUAUGUAACACCAACUUCUUAUUUGGAAAUGCUCAAAGCCUUCAAAAGUUUUUAUAGCAAAAAAUUAAAUGAAAUCACACAAUUGCGAGAUAGAUACACAAUUGGUUUAGAAAAACUAGACUUUGCUGCCGGACAAGUUGGUGAAAUGCAAGCCAAUUUAUACGAUCUUCAACCAAAAUUGAAAGUCUUAUCUGAAGAAACCGAAAAAAUCAUGGUUAACAUUGAACGUGAAACAGCUGAAGCUGAAAAAAAGAAAGAAGUUGUUGGUGCUGAUGAGGCAGCAGCUAAUGAAGCUGCUGCUGCAGCACAAGCUAUCAAAGAUGAUUGUGAGAGUGAUUUGCAAGAAGCUAUACCCGCUAUGGAAGCUGCUUUAGAAGCAUUGAAUACCCUUAAACCGGCUGAUAUUUAUGUGGUCAAAUCAAUGAAAAAUCCUCCAUAUGGUGUUAAAUUGGUGUUGGAAGCAGUUUGUGUUAUUAAAGGAAUCAAGCCAGAUAGGAAACCUGAUCCAAGUGGUCGAAUGGUAGAAGACUAUUGGGGUCCAUCACAAAAAAUGUUGGGUGACAUGAAGUUCCUUGAAUCUUUAAAGACUUUUGAUAAGGACAACAUACCACCACCAAUAAUUAAGAGGAUACGAGAAAAAUACAUCUCCGACCGUGAUUUCAUUCCUGAAAAAAUAAAAAGUGCAUCGACAGCCUGCGAAGGACUUUGUCAUUGGGUACGUGCCAUGGACGUUUACGAUAAGGUAGCAAAAAUUGUCGCUCCCAAGAAACUAGCCUUGGCCGAGGCCGAAGGCGAAUUGAGUUCACAAAUGGAAAAGCUCAAUGCCAAACGGGCUGAAUUGCAAGAGAUAUUGGACAAAUUACAAAAGCUAAACGAUUAUUUUGCAGAGAAGUCACGCGAGAAAAAACGCCUUGAAGAUGACAUCGAUAAUUGUGAGAAACGAUUGAAUAGAGCGGAAAAGCUACUGGGCGGACUGGGCGGCGAGAAGACCCGCUGGUCGGAAACAGCAAAUCGUUUGCAUGAAUCAAUUCACAAUAUUGUCGGAGAUGUGCUCCUGGCCGCCGGCUGCAUUGCGUAUUUGGGAUUUUUUCCAACUGAGUACCGUGUAAAUAUACUAACGGAAUGGAAUUCACUUUGCAUUACGAAGGAUAUUCCGUGCACGGAAAAGUUUUUGUUAGCAACAACUCUGGGAAAUCCGAUGCAGAUACGAGCGUGGUCGCUAGCUGGUUUACCAUCAGAUAAUUUUUCUGUGGAAAAUGCAAUUAUUGUGGCAAAUGCCAAUCGUUAUCCUUUGAUGAUUGAUCCACAAGUGCAAGCCAACAAGUGGAUAAAAAAUAUGGAAAAGGAUAACGAUCUAAAAGUGAUUAAGCAGAGCGACGACAAUUACAUGCGCGUUAUUGAGUUGGCCAUCAGUUAUGGUAAUCCGGUGCUGAUUGAGAAUGUUGGAGAGAAACUCGAUUCCAAUCUCACACCGAUCCUAGAAAGAAACGUUAUUCGCCAUAAAGGAGGCUAUGUCAUCAAAUGCGGUGAUCAAAUGAUUGAAUAUAAUCACAAUUUCCGAAUGUACAUAACCACCUGCCUGAGGAAUCCUCUGUAUCCACCCGAAACAAUGGUCAUGGUAACCAUCCUCAACUUUAUGAUUACCGAACAAGGACUUCGCGAACAGCUGCUGGCAAAUGUCGUUGCACACGAACGUCCUGAUUUGCAAGAGAAGAAGGAGCAACUUAUAAUUGAAUCUGCGAAGAAUCGUGACGCUCUAUACAACAUCGAGUCGAAAAUCCUCGAGGUCCUUUCGACAUCCGAAGGCAAUGUGUUGGAAGACGAGAACGCCAUCAAUAUCCUCUCGUCGAGCAAAAUCCUUUCCGAGGAAAUCCAAGAGAAGCAGAUUAUUGCAGUCGCAACCGAAACGGAAAUCGACGCAGCCCGCCAACAAUAUAUCCCCGUGGCUAAGCACUCUGCCAUUCUGUUCUUUUGCAUCAGCGAAUUGGCCAACAUCGAUCCAAUGUACCAGUAUUCCUUGGGUUGGUUUCUCAAUCUCUUUGUGAAUGCCAUCCUCAAGGCACCAAAAUCCAAAGUACUCGACGAACGGUUGGCCCAUUUGAAUGAUUUCUUCACAAAGUCCAUCUAUGUGAAUGUCUGCCGAUCGCUCUUUGAAAAGGAUAAACUUGUAAUCUCGAUGGUUAUGUGCCUGGGGAUUCUAGUUUCACAGGAUAAAAUAGAUAAAUCGCACUUGGUGUUCUUCCUGACUGGAGGUGUUGGCCUGAAGACUAUACCACCCAAUCCAGCGCCCGGAUGGCUUCCCGAUAAAGCUUGGACGCAGAUUUUUCGAGCCAGUGACUUGAACGGCCUCAAUCAGCUUCAUCAAGAAUUCACCAAUAACAUUGAUGAAUGGAAGAGUUUUUACGAUUUAUCAUCCCCGGAACUGGCUACAUUCCCCGCACCUUAUCACAACGCUGGAGAAUUGAUAAGUUUAAUUCUAUUGAAGUGCAUAAGACCCGAUAAAAUCGUGCCCGCCAUUCGGGAUUUCAUAACACGAAAUAUGGAUCAGUCAUUUGUCGAGCCACCACCCUUUGACCUGCAUUCAUCAUUUGCUGACAGUUCACCCACAAUACCGUUGGUAUUUUUAUUGUCUCCCGGAUCCGACCCAAUGGCCAGCUUGUUUAUGUAUGCAAAGCAACGGAACAUGUAUGACAAGACAAAAACUAUUUCUCUAGGUCAAGGCCAGGGACCUAGAGCUGAGAAAAUGAUAAUAGAAGCCAACCGUUUUGGUCAUUGGGUUGUUUUACAAAACUGUCACGUUGCUGUUAGUUGGAUGGGUGAACUUGAAAGGAUAUGCAACGAUGGAGUCCUUGCUGAGUCAGCUCAUCCAGACUAUCGCUUGUGGUGCACCUCGUAUCCGAGUCAAGUGUUUCCAGUGUCGGUGUUGCAGAACUCAGUUAAGAUGACAAAUGAACCACCCAAGGGAUUGAAAAUGAAUAUGAUGAGAUCAUUCAAUUCGGAUCCCCUGGUAAGGGACAAAUUCUUUUCGAAAGCUUUUAUUGGCAAACCAAAUGCGCGCAAGUGUUGGCUGCGGGGUGUAUUUGCAUUGGUAUUCUUUCAUGCAAUUGUUCAGGAACGAAGGGAAUUCGGACCAUUGGGAUGGAAUAUACCAUAUGAAUUUAAUGAAUCCGAUUUAAAAAUAUCCUUACUGCAGCUAAAAAUGUUUUUAAAACAAUCCGACAGCAUACCAUUCCAAGGACACAUCUAUUUAACCGGAGAAUGCAACUAUGGUGGUCGUGUCACCGACGACAAAGAUCGUCGUCUAAUCCUUUCCCUAUUGAAUACAAUCUACAAUCCUGAUGCCAUCGAAAUCGACAAUUAUCCCCUAUCACAAUCCGGUGACUACUGCAUACCAGAGAAUCCUGCUCGUAUCUUCAGUGUCGACUAUAUCUCAAGCUUUCCACUUAGCCCACAUCCGGAAGUUUUCGGUUUACACGAAAACGCUGAUAUAAAUCGUAAUAAUAAGGAAACGAAUAGUCUUCUUCAGGGAGUUCUCCUGACACAAACUGAACUGUUGGCAUCGACGAGAGCAUCGUCGGCCACAGAUACGGCUGAGGAUCCUGCAUACCAUGUAUGUAAGGAGAUCCUAAGCCGUUUACCACAACCCUACGAUAUUGAAGAGGUUUCCCGCAAAUAUCCUGUUGUUUAUACGAAUUCCAUGAAUACGGUUCUACGCCAGGAGCUCAUAAGGUUUAAUCGACUUUUGGAUUAUCUGAGGAAGAGUCUCAAUAAUGUGCAAAAAGCUGUACAAGGGCAAAUUGCUAUGAUACCGGAGUUGGAGAGAGUUCAUUCAGCAAUGAUUGUUGGGCAAUUACCUCGAGCUUGGUUGUCGAAGAGCUAUCCAUCGUUGAAGCCACUGGCAAGCUAUAUAAGUGAUUUUUUGGCAAGAUUACAAUUCUUCCAAAGAUGGAUUGACCAUGGCGAACCCACUGUCUAUUGGCUAUCUGGUUUCUAUUUCACUCAAUCAUUUAUCACCGGUGUCCUUCAGAACUACUCCCGCAAACAUCGCUAUCAAAUUGAUUUGAUUGGUGUUCAAUUCAAUGUGACUAACUUUGAAACAGAUCAAGAAGAGUCUCCAGAAUUGGGAGCUUAUGUUAAGGGCCUAUUCCUGGAGGGCGCCCGCUGGAAUCGAGAACUUAAAUGCUUGGAUGAAUCGUUUUCGAAAAUACUGUUUGAUACUCUGCCAAUUAUCUUGAUGAUGCCAGUCCUCAAGUCUGAGGCUGGCUUUGGAGAUGACGAUGGCGUGGGUGCUUCAUCCAGUAGCAGCAGCAGCUUGAGGACGUACGACUGCCCCAUCUACAAAACAAGUGAACGCCGGGGAGUAUUGUCCACAACAGGACAUUCCACUAACUUUGUUAUGUACAUUCAGCUGAAGAGCAAAGUUACUUCUACGCACUGGAUAAAUCGAGGCACUGCUUGUCUCUGUCAACUGGACGACUAAUUGACUGUGAAAUGGCCGAUAUCAUCAGAGAAUGUCCUCUUAAAUGGACACAAGCAGAGGGCAUAUUAUAAAUAUAUAUAUAUUCGAGUCAAAGAGGAAUAGUUCGAUUGGAAAAAAAAAAUAAGCAAACAAACAAACAAUUUUAUUUGUAAAAUUGUUUUUUUUUUCAAUUUUUUUUUUUAUAUCUCAGUGAGUGUAUCAUUCAAUUUGAAAUAAAAUUCUUAUAUUUUGUAACUUUU